AUGGCCGUCGCACACAAGUACCAAGCCGACGGCGUCUUCCAGGUGCUCAAAGAAGCUCUCGUCCACAAUUUCGCCGCCACCCAGCCCGUGCUCGUCUACGCCAUCGCCGUGGACUUCGACCUCGCCAACGUCGCCAGGACGGCCGCGCGCCACUUCCUCGCGACGUACCAGCGCCUGCUCGCCUACCGCCGCCAGUGCAACGACGCGCUCACGGUCAUGGUCGAGAGCAGACUCGCGUGGCUCCCGCAAGGCGCCUGGCAGUUCCUCACCUGCACGCACUGUCCGCCGUCGACCGUCACCAGCUUUUACCCUGGGGGCAGCGGCAGCGGGCAGCCGUUGCCGGCACAUGCACAGGUCCCGAGGAUGUGGUUCUGGAGCCACCACGAGCGCAUGGGAGAGCUGUUGCGGGAGCGGCCGUGCGCCGCGGCGAUCAAGCGCCCGAGCCUGCUCGAGCAAGGGAUCGUGGAGGUGGCUCCGACGUGCGGGAACUGCAGGUUCAGCGCGCCUCGGCUGCUUCGGCUCUUCAACAAGGAGUUGGGGAAAGAGGUGAGGCGUCGGAUCGCACAAAUUCCAAUACCUGAUGUUGCACUUACGUCGUCUACUGGGUGGAUGCAGGGUCUUGAUAUCUGA